AUGCCGGCGCAUCGACGCUACGACAGACUGCGCAAACGCAUUUUUUUUUACCCAUGCUCGGAACAGGAGGCGGCUAAAGCCACUUCCGGACAGUCGUGGUUCCUGCACGUCAGACGGCUGGAUCAUGACGCCUCAGAUCUGCGUCACGUUCUCGCCUGCAAACUGAAUGACGAUUGCGUCAUGCCGCAGUUUAGUUCCUAUAUAGGCCAUUUCUCGUCAAUAGAGGCAAAUUGUGCUGGUGAAUUUCUGCACACGGUUUUGCUCUGGCUGGGAGAUUACAAACACAGGUUCGAGUUCCUCCUAAAUAAUGUGCUGCGAUUGGAGGGCGGCAGUACCUAUCUUGUAGAACAACAAAUACUCAAUGAACUGAAAGGCUUGACCAAUGUGAUAGUUAACGAUAUCGAAGCCAUUUUGUUCCUGAACGAGGCAAAUCACAAUGGUGGACAAGAAAGUGGAACGUAUUCGGACAACGUUUCCAGAGUGUACGAAAUGUACGCAAACACUCUGAGAGAUUUUGACGCGUUUUUAUCGAACGCUUUGUCUUAUCUUCGAAUUCUUCGCAUUCAAUAAGAUAUUCACGAGUGCAUUAAGAUGAUAAAUGUAUGCAAUUAAUGUUUUUAUUUCUGAA